AUGCGUUCCUCGUGAGUGCGCUGACUUCUGUCACGUGGCUGUCAAACCCUAUUCUCUCGCGCAGCCGUCGUCAACACAACUGAGGAAGUGGAAAGAAGCUAACCUGGCUAACGAAAACUAACCGUUAUAGCCAAUACAGUGUUUACUAUUUGUAUUAAGUUAACUAAAGGCUGUGUUUGUCUUUAUCGACACAGUAACUAUCUUUGUUCGGGUUUCACUUGGCAUGGAGUGAGAGGGAACACUGUUUAGGAGCAGUAGCCGUUGCUUGCUAACUUCUAAGCUAGCAGGCUAACGAUCAGCUGUUGUUUUGGUCGGAGAGAUAGCUGGCUAACAAGCUAAACUGCAUAGCGUUGCAGAAGUCUGCGAUACCAGGUUUACUAGACCAGAUUUCCUCAUUGCUUGUUGAAACACUGAACUGCUCAGUCGGUUAAUGGCGACACAUAAAGGCGUACCACCCUGACAGACUUAUCAGCGGUCAGUCAGUCAGCUGUUGAACGGCAGACGUCAACUCCGUGUGGGAUUGAUCCAUCAGAGCGGUUUGUAAUUGAAUCAACAAUAUUGCUUCAAGAUGCAUGACGCGUAUGAAUCAGUGCCUAUUUUGGAAAAGCUUCCUCUUCAGAUUGACUGUCUUGCGGCCUGGGAGGACUGGCUUCUUGUGGGAACAAAGCCAGGGCAUCUUCUUCUCUACCGAAUAAAGAAGGAUGCAGGCACCAACCGGUUUGAGGUGACACUGGAAAAAUCCAAUAAGAACUUCUCCAAGAAGAUUCAGCAGCUCUACGUUGUCUCGCAGUACAAAAUUCUUGUCAGUCUUCUUGAGAACAACAUCCACGUCCAUGACCUCCUGACCUUCCAGCAGAUCACUGUGUUGUCCAAAGCCAAAGGAGCCACGCUCUUCGCCUGUGACUUGCAGCAAACCAGCUCAGGAGAGGAAAGGUUGAGAAUGUGUGUCGCAGUGAAAAAGAAACUCCAGCUGUAUUACUGGAAGGAUAGAGAGUUCCACGAGCUGCAGGGGGACUUCGGUGCUCCAGAUAUUCCAAAGUCCAUGGCUUGGUGUGAAAACUCCAUAUGUGUUGGUUUCAAACGAGACUAUUACCUCAUUCGGAUGGAUGGCCGUGGCUCCAUCAAGGAGCUCUUCCCCACUGGGAAACAGUUGGAACCUCUGGUUACCCCACUGGCUGAUGGGAAGGUGGCUGUUGGUCAGGAUGACCUAACUGUAGUGCUAAAUGAAGAGGGCGUUUGCACCCAGAAGUGUGCCCUGAACUGGACAGACAUCCCUAUAGCAAUGGAGCACCAGCCUCCAUACAUCAUAGCUGUUCUCCCUCGGUACGUGGAGAUCCGGACCUUUGAGCCGAGGCUGCUGGUGCAGAGUGUGGAGCUUCAGAGACCUCGCUUCAUCACUUCAGCAGGGCCAAAUAUUGUGUAUGUUGCCAGCAACCACUUUGUGUGGCGCCUGGUGCCCGUGUCAAUAGCCAGCCAGAUCCGGCAGCUUCUUCAGGACAAGCAGUUUGAGCUGGCUCUCCAGCUGGCGAAGAUGAAGGAUGAUUCAGAUGGUGAUAAGAAGCAGCAGAUACAUCACAUCCAGAAUCUCUAUGCCUUCAAUCUGUUUUGCCAGAAGAGAUUUGAUGACUCCAUGCAGGUGUUUGCCAAACUCGGCACAGAUCCCACCCAUGUGAUUGGGCUGUACCCAGACCUGCUCCCGUUAGACUACCGCAAACAGCUGCACUAUCCCAACCCUCUGCCUACUCUGUCCGGGGCAGAGCUGGAGAAAGCUCAUCUCGCUCUCAUCGAUUACCUUACCCAGAAACGCAGCCACCUUGUAAAACAGCUGAAUGACUCUGACCCUUCUACAACGUCUCCACUCAUGGAGGGCACGCCUACUAUUAAAAGCCGCAAAAAACUCCUGCAGAUCAUUGAUACCACCCUGCUGAAAUGUUACCUACAUACCAACGUGGCCAUGGUGUCCCCCCUCCUUCGUCUGGAAAACAACCACUGCCACAUCGAGGAGAGCGAGUACGUCCUGAAGAAGGCCCAUAAGUACAGCGAGCUCAUUAUUCUCUAUGAGAAGAAGGGCCUGCACCAGAAAGCUCUGCAGGUGCUGCUGGACCAGUCCACCAAGGCCAACUCUCCACUGAAGGGCCACGAACGAACAGUGCAGUACCUCCAAAGACUGGGAGUGGAGAAUUUGGGAAUAAUCUUUGAGUUUUCUCCCUGGGUGUUGAAGAUCUGUCCUGAUGAUGGCCUGAAGAUAUUCACCGAGGACCUGACAGAGGUGGAGACUUUGCCCAGAGACAAGGUGCUGAACUUCCUGAAGGAGGGCUUUAAGGAGCUCGCCAUCCCAUAUUUGGAGCACAUCAUUUAUGUCUGGGACGAUAAGGGCCCGGAGUUUCACAAUGUGCUGAUCCAGCUCUACCUGGAGAGGGUUCAAGGCCUCAUGAAAAAGUACCUCAGCACACUGCCAGAAGGAGUUCCAGCUGUUGCUGCGGGGAAGGAGGAAGGUGAUCUGGGAGAGUUCAGGAACAAGCUGCUGUCUUUCCUGGAUAUUUCUACCAGCUAUGAACCAGCCAGACUGAUCAGUGACUUCCCCUUUGAUGGCCUGCUGGAGGAACGGGCUCUGCUUCUGGGUCGGAUGGGUAAACACGAGCAGGCGCUUUUCAUCUAUGUGCACAUCCUGAAAGACACCCGCAUGGCUGAAGAAUACUGUCACGGGCAUUACAACAGUUUGGUCGAAGGGAAUAAAGAUGUUUAUCUGUCUUUGCUACGAAUGUACCUGUCACCUCCUGACGUCCACUGCCUGGGGCCCAUCAAGAUGGAGCUGUCAGAGCCUCAGGCCAACCUCCAGGCGGCCCUACAUGUCCUGGAGCUGCACCACAGCAAACUCAACACCACCAAGGCCAUGAAUCUGCUCCCAGCAAACACCCAGAUCAGAGAGAUCCGGGUCUUCCUGGAGAGCGUCCUGGAGGAGAAGGCGCAGAGGAAACGCUGCAACCAGGUGCUGAAGAGUCUGCUGCAGGCUGAGUUCCUCAGGGUGCAGGAGGAGCGCAUCUUCCACCAGCAGGUUAAAUGUGUCAUUACCGAAGAAAAGACCUGCAGAGUCUGCAAGAAGAAAAUAGGAAACAGUGCGUUUGCCAGGUAUCCCAACGGCGUGGUUGUGCAUUAUUUCUGCUGCAAAGACCGAAACGUGUGUCCCACUGAGCAGUAACAGCUGCACCUGAAAACGACUGUUUACUAAUAAAUAAUCCCCCCCUCCCUCUCUGUGGAUUUCAAUGCUCGGACAUCUUUGACCUAGAAAUGCAUCAGAAGGUUGGAAGUGCUCGAUUGAAUUGCCAGGCUGUAGAAUUGGAUGCUUGUAUCCAAAGCACCUUACAGAACUACAAGUGCAGACAUUUUUUAACCUGAGUUAACCUUGGGCACAGUUGUUGUCAUGCUUUACCCGCUGAGCAGAACAGGACGUCCUCUCGAAAGGCUUACGACUUUCUUUCUCUCUGUGCAUGAAGUACCAGGAGGAAUGUCCGGGGUCGCUGAACAGGAGGGGAGAAAUGAAGAGAAAGAGGGAGGUAGACUCUGACAUUUGAAAAGCAUGUGUCACUGUAACCCUAGAAGGGAUUCACAGCCCUACAUGUUGCCUCGGAAGAAAUGGGCGCUACUGACAGACGCCAAGCGGAAGAGGAGCUGUAACAACAGAAGUUAGUGCUCGUUCUCACCAGGAGGUGAUUACAAGCUUUGGUCAGCGUUUUUUUUUCAUCUUUUCUCUCUCUUCUUGCCUCUCACUGUCUCCCACCCUUCCUGUAACACUGUCUAAGCCUCAAACACUGCUUCAUAUGCCAUAUACGCUCUGCAGGAGUACUGUUAAAUGCCUUUUGUGACUCUGAAGAUUGUAUUUACAGAGAGGUCAGAUGUCUGUCAUGAUUUUUUGUUAGCAUGUGCUGGUACUGACUAAGCAAAAUAGUAUUCAUCUCACUGUGUGUUUGACAUUUUUGUAUUUUAUUUAAACAUUUGAGGCGGCUUCUCCAACUAACAUUAUUCAUCGCUAUGUUCUUUUCCUUAUUUACUGUCUUUACAGUUUGUGAAUGAUUGCUACCAGACAUCCUCUCUUUAAUGUAUUUUUUGAAGUUGUCGUCUGUCUUCUUUGUAUUCAUUUUUAGUUUUUUCUUUCCCAGACAUUAAAAGUUUAUGAAGUAGAACUCAUUUAAAGUGAGACUAUGCAACUUUUGAACAGCAGCCAAGUGUGCAACUAUUUUGAUAGUCAAUUCAUCGUUUCAGUACUUUUUCAAGCAAAAAUGCCCAAAUUCACUGGUUUCUCUAUAGCUAUCUAGCUUCUCAAAUGUGAGGAUUUGCUGCUUUUCUUUGUCAUAUAUGACAGUAAAUUGAAUCCCUUUGGGUUUUGGACUGUUGAUUGGAUAAAACAGGCAAAUUGAAGACAUCACUGUGGGCUUGGAGAAAUUGUAAAUGGCCUUUUUCGCUAUUGUUUUUAACAUUUUAUAGACUAAACGAUUAAUAUAGAAAAUAAACAGCAGAUUAAUUGAUAAUGAACAUCAUCAUUAGUUGCAGCCCUACAUCACUGUCACAAGGAGUGUUACAGUAGCAAGUCAGGUUUGCUAACGUUAGCCACCAUAAGCUACUGGUCAUACCAGAUCAAUUCAGGCUGUAGCAGCAAAAUGCUUCUUUCAAAAGUUAUAUUGUCUCGCUCUAAGACAGAUCACAAAAGUACAGCACUUUAAAAGUGGAUGGAUGUCCUGUUAAUUUAUUGUCAAAUAACACGUCUGCAUGAUAAGAACUGGAAGUAAUGUGAUUGACUUGGAAAGUAUGAUUGAUCUGUGCAUUUUCUAGCAAUAUUGUUAUAAAAUGUGUCUGUUUACCGUCCGCCUGGGAGGUAAUUCUAGAAGCAGGACUCACAGUUUAUUGAAAAUUAAAUACAAGCAAUGAAUGUAUGUUUUUAGAAUGAGUUGAGGUCCAUAGUGUUAUUGCUCAGUGACACUCUGGACAGUUGUCUUACAUGACUCGAACUUUUUAACCACUAAGUCUAGGUUUUUUUAAGUGAACUUUCACAAGUUGUAGCAUUAUCUGCAUCUUCUGCUCCUUUAAAUACCCACUCAUCCUCUUCUGCUCUUAAAGGUUUGCACACAUUCUCUGCUAAGACUGUUUCUGACGUUUUUGGGUUGUUGUUGUUUUUUUUUUUUUUUUUUUAGUGGGAGCAUUUGUACCACUGUGUAUACUGUAUAAAGACUGAGUGUUAAUGACACAAUUCUCAUUGAAGUUAUUUGAUUCUGAGCAGCGACCGAUCUGUUUGUCUGGCUUUAAUAAGUAAUAAUCAAACAUUUCCACUCAUGUUUGUCUGUGUGAUACCACACUGUGUAGCGGAUGUUCACACUGGUGCUGCUGGUAUUUACUGGUUAGGUGUUAAUAUCUUAUUCCUGCUUACAUUUUAAUUUAAUUGAUGCCAGUGUGAUUCCUCUUUAAGUUGAACAUUCAUGAAACCCCAAAAAUAAUGUGGGCAGUGUGAAAAUAUACAUUGAAAUUUCUAAAAUAAUUGUACGGAAAAAUGUACCAAAGUCCAUCAACGCCAGGUGAAAAAUUAGUAAAUAAAUAAAGUCAAUCGAAAGAUAUGUCAAAAUUGUGAGAUUGUUAAUCAAAAAUACAAAAAGUCAAAAUAAUGAGACACUAAGUCAAAUGAUGUAAUACUAACACAAAUAUAUUAUAAAUGCUAAAUACAAAUAAAGAAUUUAAGUCAAAAUUAUGAUUAAGUAAAAUUAGUUAAUGAUAAUUCAUAUCUAUGAAAUAUUAAUUAUUCAUUAGUUAUUUAAAAAUAUUGACUCAGGUAAAUCAAAAUUUUUAUUUCACAAGAUAUUCUCAUGAUUUAGAAUAUCCUAAUUUCGACUUAAAGGUCCAGUGUGUAACAUUUAGGAGGAGCUGUUGGCAGAAAUGGAAUAUAAUAUUUAUAGGUAUGUUUUAAUUAGUGUAUAAUCGCCUAAAAAUAAGAAUCGUAGUUUCUCCUACACGCUUGGAAGGGGAGGUUGAUGUGAGCGGUAUUCAAAUGGUUGCAAAGUGCAACUUCACCGCUAGAUGCCACAUGACCUUUAAUCCAAAUUUUGAUUUAAUAUCUCACAACUGUGACUUAGUGUAUACAUUUAUAAGUAUACUACUAUACUAAGUCAUGAUUGUUUAAGUCAAAAUUAUGAUAAUGAUGAAAUUGUAAAUUAAAAAGAGUAUUAUAAAAGUGACAGUAUCUACAUUUUAAAGCAAUUAUUUUUUACUAGUAAGUAAACAUUACUUACUAAUAAUUUUAACAUAUGCAACAUUUUGUAUAGUCUCCUAAUUUUAUCUUUAUUUUGUCUUGGUCAAAAUGUUACAACUUUUUACUACUACUAUUACUGCUACUACCAUUUUACUGCUGACUUACUAACAGUUUUGACUUAGCAUCAUAAUUUUGACUAUUUGUUUUAUUCUUUCUAUUUCUUCUUCGAUUUUUAUUUUUAUAUAAAUGAGCCAAUUAAAGCAAUACACACUGUCAGAAAUAAAAUACACCUUACAGGUAUCUUUAAAGGCUGUGCAUUAAAGGUAUUAAAGGUAUUGAGCAAUA